GAGCGGCGAGCGAAAGUCCUUUUGCGUCUGCGUCCUGCACGCUCCGGGCGUGGCGAGGAAGCCCUGGCGGGACUGGGACAGGGAGGAGGUCGCGCGGUGCGGGUGGCGCUGCCCGCGCCCCAGGUGAGUCCGCGGCCCGGCCCGCAGGACCGAGAGCAGCCGAGCCGGCUCCGCAGGAGAAUGUCUCAGAAACCUAGGACAUACUCUCUUUUCCUGUUCCUUUUUCUGAACCAUGAAAUGGCAAGUCACAGUGCUCCGGAUUCCAGGCAGGAUCUGCAUCCGUUGUUGCAAAAAAUGGCAGAAGAAAUAAUAGAUGGAAGCUACCUGAAUGCAUUACUGGAUCUCAUACAAUUUCAAAGCUCCCAUCUGUGGACAGCAGACCUUUCCCACAAAGUCCUGGCCUAUCUGAAUUUGCAGAAUGUUGCCUUCACCAUCCCCAGCCUGCAGGCAGCCAUGGAAAACCACUUGGAGCAGCGUUUGUACCAGCCCCAGAAACUGCUGGAGGACCUGAGGGAAAUGGAAGCUCAGCGAUUCCACACUGCCAUGAAAUACCUCUUAGAGGACAAGAAAGACCUCUUGGAACUGGAAGAUGUAGUUAUUGACUUGGGAGAGGUUCGGAAACAUGCCUUGCAGAGCCCAGGCGUGAACCGCAGCCUGUUUCUCAUCACGCUGGAGAGGUGUUUCCAGGUGCUGAACUCCCUGGAGUGUGUGGAAGUCCUGGGUAGGGUGCUGAGGGGAUCCUCAGGUAGCUUUCUCCAGCCAGACGUCACAGAGAGGCUUCCCCGGGACCUAUGCCAGGACGCCUUCAAGAACCUAUCUGCAGUAUUCAAAGAUCUCUACGACCAAACCUCUGCUCAUUCCCAGAGAGCUCUGUACUUCUGGAUGGCUGGGAUUUUGCAGACCUCCUUCAAUGCCACUGAUGAGUCUGUUUCAUGGGUCAGUGCAGAAAACUUAUGGAUUUUGGGCAGAUAUAUGGUUCACCUUUCAUUUGAAGAAAUUAUGAAAAUUAGUCCUAUAGAAAUUGGACUGUUUAUCAGCUAUGACAAUGCCACCAAGCAGCUGGACACGAUUUAUGACAUCACACCUGAACUGGCCCAGGUGUUUCUGGAGAGGAUCAGCUCCUCCAACUUUGACAUGAGGAAUGCCUCUACCAUCCACAGGCAAGGGCACAGGCUGUGGCUCUGGCCCCCAGCUCUGAGCCCUUGAUCAGCCUCCCUUAUCUUCUCACACAGGCUGGGGCUGCUGGUCUGUUUCUACGAUGACCUGGAGCUGAUAGACGCCCCUGCGGCCCGAGUCCUCCUUCACCAGAUGAUUAAGUGCAGCCAUCUGAGGGGCUUCCAGGCUGGUGUUCAGAAGCUCAAAGCUGACCUUCUGGACAUUGCCACAGAGAACCAGACCCUCAGUGAGGCUCUGGGCUCGUUGUCGGAUGCAGUCGUGGGCCUGACCUACAGUCAGCUGGAAUCCCUUUCCCCUGAGGCUGUGCACAGCGCCAUCUCUACUCUCAGCCAGGUCUCAGGAUGGGCCAAGAGCCAGGUCAUCAUCUUGUCUGCCAAAUACUUGGCCUACAACAAGGUGCUGUCCUUUUACAACGUCAGCCAGAUGGGCGUGCUGCUGGCGGGGGUCGGCACCCAGGCCUUCUACCGUAUGGAUCUCAGGGACCUCUCGCAGGUCCUGAGAAGCACCGUCUCCCUGCACAUGUCCAACCUGUCACCUGCCCAGCAGCAAGGUGUCCUCAGAAAGAUGGUUGGUGGAGACAGUGCUUCAGGCAUCGUGGAGAUACAGGGGACUUUCUUUAAAGAAGUGUCUCUCUUCGAUUUAUGGAGGGAACCUGGAUUCAACUCUACAGUUCUAAAGGAAAAGAAGCUUCGGAGGAGUCAGGCUUUGUUCCUGUAUGAACUUCUUUCAAAGACAACCAGAAGGCCUGAGGAGCUCCUGAGCACAGGGGAGCUGGUCAAAGGCGUGACGUGCUCCCACAUUGAUGCCAUGAGCAUGGACACCUUUCUGGCCCAUUUCCAGUAUUUUGAGAACAACCUCUCCCUGCUUUCGCCAUACCAGGUUAAUUGUUUGGCGUGGAAAUACUGGGAAGUUUCCAGGACCUCCAUGCCACCCUUCCUCUUGGCUGCACUCCCGGCUCAAUACCUGGCUUCUGUCCCAGCCUCCCAGUGUGUGCCCUUUCUGAUCAGCCUGGGGAAGAGUCAGUUGAACUCCUUGGUUUUAGAUGCCCACAAAAAGAAUUUAGUCCUCAGGAAAGUGCAACAGUGCCUGAACAACUCCAUUGCUGACGAUUUCACUGUGGACAUCCUGGGGAACCUGCUCUGCCACUUGCCAGGAGCCAUCAUCCACCACGGGGUCUCCCCCAGGGCCUGGGCCACAGCCCUGCAUGGCCUCAGAGACUGCCCGGACCUCAGCCCUGAGCAGAAGGCUGCAGUAAGGCUCCGGCUCCUGCAACAACAUGGACUCCCCCAGAACUGGACAGCUGAGACUAUGAAGGACUUGGGACCCUUUCUAGUCCUUUUCUCAGGAGAUGAAUUAAGCUCUAUUGCUACAAAGUUUCCUGAUAUCCUUCAACAAACAGCCUCCAAAAUGGCUGGACCUCUGCCCCCCAAAGGAUUCCUCUGGGUUGUCUUUGAAUCUGUUCGGAACCACAGAGAGAAGAGCCCCAGCCCUGACCCCAGCCCUGGUUGCCAUGGAGUUGCAGCUCCCUCUUCCAAUGACAUCUUCCAGUUGGCCGAAGCCAAUGCCUGCUGGGCUCCGGAGGACCUGCUCUGCAUGGAGGAAGAUACGUUCAUCAGGAAUGCAGAGCUACUAGGGGCCGUCAGGGGACUCAGCCAGCCUCAGCUGAUGGCCCUGAAGGAGAAAGCCGUGCAGGUUUGGGACAGGCCUUCUUACUGGAGAGAAUACCAUAUCGUCUCCCUGGGGCACGUUGCUCUAGCUCUUAAUGAGAGUGAGCUGGAGCAGCUGGACCUCAGCUCCAUUGACACUGUGGCUUCCCUAAGCCAGCAGACAGAAUGGACCCCAGGACAGGCUAAAUCCAUUCUGCAAGGGUUCCUGGAGGAUUCAGGCUAUAGCAUCCAGGAUCUGAAGAGCUUCCACUUAGUAGGACUUGGUGCAACCCUGUGUGCUAUGAACAGCACUGAAAUCUCACUUAUAAAGAUCUCAGAAUUCAGGGUGGUGGUGGCCAGAAUCGGGACCCUGCUCUGUAGCACCCAUGUCUUGGCCGAGUUUAAGAGGAAGGCAGAAGUUGUGUUUGGGGAUCCCACCAAGUGGUCCAACUCUGUCUUGCAGGAGCUUGGGACCAUUGCAGCUGGAUUAACUAAGGAAGAGCUCCAAAUGCUCAACAAGGAUUUGAUGCCAUAUUUCCAGCCAUCAGCAAUCAAAUGCCUUCCUGAUGAGAUAUUCAAAGAACUGUCCGCGGAGCAGAUCGCCUCCCUGGGCCCGGAGAACGCGGCGGCCGUGACCCCCUCCCAGCGCGAGCUGCUCAGCAUGGUGCAGCUGCAGAGCCUUCAGCGGGCGCUAGAUGGCGCUAGGACUCGCUCCUUUCUGGACGCACCCCUGAGCGCCCUCCCCGCCCGAACCCCCUCCCGUUCUUUUCCAGGAGCCCCCACCUCCCGGGGCCUUUGGCUCGGCUGUCCUCUGCUGGUUCUAAUGCCCAGGGUUGCGUGGUGAGCAGUGUGCACCCAUCGCCCUUCAGUGUCCAAGCAGCUGGCCAAGGUGCGUGGAGACAAGGGCACAUCACAUGGUGGGGGACAGUUACCCUGCCCCAGAGCCUCCACUGGGGCAGGGAGACCCCGGGGCCUUGACAUUUCCAAGGCACCAAAAGGAAGAAUCAUUAUUAAAAAUGAUCUUGCCAGUCAGGAAGCCAUUCUUUGCUCCAUUUCAACCUCUCUUGUUUUCUGGCUUGGAGACAGAAGCCGUGGGGAGGGAAGGGUGUUUUCUGUCAACAGCAUGAGGACCUUUGCACAAGUUUACUGCCCUCCCUGCAGGGAGAUGCCAGGGAGAGGAGGGUCCAGGCCAAGAUGCCAUUGUAGCCAGGGCUGGAUUUGGCUUACUUCCCCUUCUUGGGAGCUAUAGGCUGCCCUGGAUUUCUCUGUCUUCAAUAUUUAGCAGAGCUGAAAUAAAUGAAUCCCUCAACAGAAGCCAAUAUUGCUGCCUGAUUGCUGGGACUAAUUGAUGUUUUGGUGGGCAUUGCGUUGCUUGGAAAUUAAAACAUUUAACAUGGCUGAAAUUAAAUC